CCCCCACCCCCACCCCCUGCACUCCAUUUAACGUGAGAUUAUGAAAUUGCAGAGGAGGUGGAGGGAAAGCGACAGGAUCUAACGGGGAGUUUGGAGGGGAGAAGGGAAGAAGGUUGGAUGGCCGGGUAGCUGAAAUCAGAAAUCCAAUUGCGCACUGGGUUGUGAUUGGAAAUCUAAUCAGAUCUUUGGAAAAGGGGCAGGCCGGGAGGGGGCUGAGUGGGGGUGGGGGGAGUUGAUCCCUUUAAAAAAAAAAUUGGUGAGGGGGGAAUCAAGGAGAGGAAGGAAACGACGAUGUAAAAGGAAGACUUUUGGGUGGCAGUGGCGGUUGGGUUUCUUGCAAAAAUGAAGAAUGCGGGACGCGGAUCUAUCCUGGAGCCCAAGGUAUUGGAAAAACUGAACGUGCAGGAGAGGAGAAGGAAGAAAGAAGAUCGUCCUGCGAGACCUGGAUCUUAACAAACCAAUGUAUAUAUCUAUACAUACGUACAAAGGGAGAGAGAGGAGAGAGAGCGCGAACAUUCUAAGAUGAAAUCGACCAACCUCAGACCAGAGGGAGAUUGUGUUGUUCUAGUCUAAAUAAAAAAUAAACAAUAAACACCCCGGCCCCACACACUGAAGGGGGAACAUAAAAGGGGGGGGAUCAUUGAACAUGGAGAACAGAGGAUCCGGAAAGGAAAAGUAUUUUCAUUAAAGAAAUGGAAAGCAAGAAAAGGAGGAAUUUUGGAAUGAAAAGUUUGGGGUUUUUUGGCUUUUUUGGUUUUUUAGAAAAGUAAAGACCUGCUGUGCAGAGGUGGUUUGGUUUUAUUUUUCUUUCAUUUAAUUUUAUUUUUUUCUCCACGGGAAGAGAAGAGAUAAAUAAUGCAUCUGCAAAGAAAUUUCGGAGAAGAAAAGUUGACCGUGCCAGAAUGAGGCAUUGAUUGGGGGAGAGAAAUCAGCAGGGCAGGGUUGGAGCUUUGCCUGUGUUGACUAAAAUUGAUGGAAAAUUGCAGUUGGAUUUUUUCCUUUUUUUUCCUCUUUUAUUUUUUUUGCGUGUCAAGAUCGUGUGUUUUUUUCUUGCUUGUAACCUCCUGGAUUUUGCACCUGGACGUUGCCGUGAUCGGUCUGAAAUACAAUGAGGAAAUUGAGACCCAAGGAGUGAUUGGCCAUUGGUAGAAGAGCCAGGAUUUGAACCCACAUCUUUGGACUCCUGAUCUUAUACUUUUCCUACACUACUACUCUGCUUCUCAUCCCUUCCGGCUUUACAUCCUAAGAUGCUACAGCUUCCUGCCUAAAUCCAAUUAUUUGAACUGCAGAAGGACCAACACCAGAUAAAUUAUGAAUGUUGAACAAGAUGACCUUACAUCCACAGCAGAUAAUGAUAGGUCCUAGGCUUAACAGGGCCUUAUUUGACCCCCUGCUUGUGGUGCUCUUGGCUCUCCAACUCCUAGUGGUGGCUGGUCUGGUGAGGGCCCAAACCUGUCCUUCUGUAUGCUCCUGCAGUAACCAGUUCAGCAAGGUUAUCUGUGUGCGGAAAAAUCUCAGAGAGGUCCCUGACGGCAUCUCCACCAACACGCGGCUCCUGAAUCUCCACGAGAAUCAGAUUCAGAUUAUCAAGGUGAACAGCUUCAAACACCUGAGGCAUCUGGAGAUCCUACAGCUGAGCAGAAAUCACAUCCGCACCAUUGAAAUAGGGGCCUUCAAUGGUUUGGCCAACCUCAACACAUUGGAGCUCUUUGACAAUCGGCUGACCACCAUCCCAAAUGGGGCUUUUGUAUACCUGUCUAAACUGAAGGAACUCUGGCUUCGGAAUAACCCCAUCGAAAGCAUCCCUUCUUAUGCUUUUAACCGAAUCCCAUCUUUGCGCCGGUUGGACUUAGGAGAGUUGAAGAGGCUUUCGUACAUCUCGGAAGGGGCUUUUGAAGGUCUCUCCAACUUGAGGUAUCUGAACCUUGCCAUGUGCAAUCUGCGGGAAAUCCCGAACCUCACCCCGCUCAUCAAGUUGGAUGAGCUGGAUCUUUCUGGGAACCACUUGUCUGCCAUCAGGCCGGGCUCUUUCCAGGGUUUGAUGCACCUUCAGAAACUGUGGAUGAUCCAGUCCCAGAUCCAAGUGAUUGAAAGGAAUGCAUUCGAUAACCUUCAGUCACUAGUAGAGAUCAACCUGGCACACAAUAAUCUGACCUUACUGCCUCACGACCUCUUCACGCCCCUCCAUCACCUUGAGAGGAUCCACCUGCAUCACAACCCUUGGAACUGCAACUGUGAUAUUCUGUGGCUCAGCUGGUGGAUAAAGGACAUGGCACCCUCAAAUACUGCAUGCUGUGCCCGCUGUAAUACGCCCUCCAACCUGAAAGGGAGGUACAUUGGGGAGUUGGACCAGAAUUAUUUCACCUGUUAUGCUCCUGUGAUUGUUGAGCCUCCUACAGACCUCAAUGUCACAGAGGGCAUGGCAGCAGAACUCAAGUGUCGGGCCUCCACCUCACUGACCUCUGUAUCUUGGAUUACUCCCAAUGGGACGGUCAUGACACAUGGGGCAUACAAGGUCCGGAUUGCUGUGCUCAGUGAUGGCACAUUAAAUUUUACUAAUGUAACUAUACAAGAUACAGGCAUGUACACAUGCAUGGUGAGUAACUCUGUCGGGAACACCACAGCUUCAGCCACCCUGAAUGUGACCGCAGCAACCACUACCCCCUUCUCGUAUUUUUCCACCGUCACCGUAGAGACUAUGGAACCUUCUCAGGACGAGGCCCGAACCACAGAGAACAAUGUGGGGCCCACACCAGUCAUUGACUGGGAGACCACCAAUGUGACCACCUCUCUCACGCCCCAGAGCACAAGGUCAACGGAAAAAACAUUCACCAUCCCCGUGACCGAUAUAAACAAUGGCAUCCCGGGAAUUGAUGAGGUGAUGAAAACCACUAAGAUUAUCAUUGGUUGCUUUGUGGCUAUCACUCUCAUGGCAGCGGUGAUGCUGGUCAUCUUCUACAAGAUGAGGAAACAGCACCAUAGGCAAAACCACCACGCCCCAACACGGACUGUUGAGAUCAUUAAUGUGGAUGAUGAGAUUACAGGGGACACGCCCAUAGAGAGCCACUUGCCCAUGCCUGCUAUAGAACAUGAGCACCUAAAUCACUAUAACUCUUACAAAUCCCCCUUCAACCACACAACAACAGUUAACACAAUAAACUCAAUACACAGUUCAGUGCAUGAACCGUUGUUGAUUCGAAUGAACUCAAAAGACAAUGUACAAGAGACUCAAAUCUAAAACAUUUACAAAAGUUACAGAGAAAAAAAAGACAGUUUAUUAAAAAAAAAUGACACAAAUGACUGGGCUAAAUCUACUGUUUCAAAAAAAGUGUCUUUACAAAAAAAACAAAAAAGAAAAGAAAUUUAUUUAUUAAAAAUUCUAUUGUGAUCUAAAGCAGACAAAAUGAUGUGUAUUCCUCAGAACCUGUUUUGCUGCAUUUAUUUACCCUUCCCCUGCUGCCCUCCCUCUCUCUUUGCCAUAUUUUUCAUAGGAGAUCUCAAUUCCCUAAAGAACUGGUCUAGGAAAUUUUGUAAGAAUUCUGUUACACUUUGGGAUUUUUAUGGUGAAUUCUAGUGGUGAGAUUCGGUCUAUUUUGUCUCUUCUGUUUUUUUUCUUCUUCUCAUGCCCUUAUGAAAUACUCCAAUGGGGGAAUGCAGUAUUAGACAUAGAUUUAUAAGAGAGAAAGAGGAAAAAAUGCAAAAUCUUAUAUUUUUCAUGUAAUGACCUGUUCUGUAUUUACUGGGAGGACCAUUCUGUGGAAAAGGAAAAAAAAAAAAGAAAAAAAAGCAAACAAAUAAGAGAUUAAUUUACAUGUCAGAAUCUAUAAAUCCCAUGAUCUUUUAAUGACUCUAGAACCAGAAUUUGUAGUUUAAAAAAAAACAACUAAAAUAAGGUUAUAAAUAAAAUA